CUACUGGUUUUGUAAUUCAGCACGAGCUAGGGGGUUUGCGCACGCCUGCGCAGCGGCUGGAACACUCCGACGGCCUCCAGCAGCAGCGCUCCUCGCGCGCCGCAUCAGCCGGCGGCCAAAUUCGAUAGUUGGCAGUUUGGCACACGCCAGCCGCCGCGACCCAAAAACGAUGAGCACCUUCUUCCGCUCGCCGGCCGCGAGCCCGGCCCAGACGAGACCCGACGCGGCCAACCCGGAGGAGAGCCCGCAGAUCACAACAAGAAGUGCGAGACGAGCGCGCCACGCGGGUCAAGAUCGAGUACAAGAAUUAGAACAGGAGAACUCGCAGCUACGAGCGGAAUUAGAUCGGUUACGCAGCCAGAAGCGACCCAUCCGCCGGAGCAAUUCACUGGGCUCGGGCCGACCUAAAAGAACCGCGGAGAAGCGGCGGAGGCAUUUACUCAGAGAUAGCAUCAUGCAUACCGUAGAGGAGGACGAGGGCGGCGACGGGUCGGCGAACGUGCGGAUCACGCGGAACAAGAUCUCGAGACAGGCUUCCAUCGGCACGGCUACGGUUCUCAAGCAAAUGCCGUCGACCCCUCGACCCGCCGGGUUCUCCCUCGAAUUGCCUACUCGCGUCGUCGCCGUAUUUCGGGAGCCGUUGCGGAGCGAACACACGGAGUAUCUUGGGAGUAGCCAAUUUGCUGAUGACAUCUUGAACCUCGCGAGACAAGCCGGGAGACGCUUUGAACGGGAACCUAGAGUUCUGAGAUUAGAAAGUCCAGCCUACGUCUUCGGCGACACGCACGGCAACCUGGAGGACCUCCACUUCUUCUCGGACCACAUCUGGAAGCUCGGAGUUUCUCUGACGGCAGGCCAAUUGUUAUUUCUAGGAGACUACGUAGAUAGAGGAUUGUCGUCAUUGGAAGUGGUAGCUUAUCUAUUAGCGUUGAAAUGUCUCGAACCGCAGAAGGUCUGGUUAUUGAGAGGCAACCAUGAAACUAGAGAUGUAAAUGGCUGGGAGGAGCACUACGGCGACAGAAGUUUUCUGUGGCAGUGCAAGCAUCGCUUCGGGGAUGAGUUGGGUCCGGUCGUCUGGGAGGGCGUGAAUGCGUGUUUUGACCGGUUGCCGUUGUGUGCGGUGAUUGACGACGAGAUCUGUUGUGUCCACGGCGGGAUGCCGCGGCGGCCGCCGCCGGGGCCGAGACCGUUCUGCGCGGACGCCGACCAGAAAACGAGACUAGAGUUGCUAGACAUGGUACCUCAUGUCAUAACGAUCAACCCGCCCGACAAUUCGAUCGACGCCGAUUUACAACAGAUGGCCUCGGAGUGUCUGUGGAGCGAUCCGGCCGUCGAAGAGCAGGAACCAGAUCUCAACGAGACGGGUUUCGGCGAAAGUCUUAGAGGUGGAGGCACGGUCUGCUUCGGCCACGCGGCGAUCAAGGCGUUUCUGGAGGAGACGGGCUGUGCCUUUAUUGUGCGAGCUCACGAGGCGCACGCGCACGGCGUGUCGCUCUCAAAAGGCGCCAAGGUCUUCACGGUCUUCUCCACCUCGAAAGAUCAUCAUCAAGGUAGAGCGGCGUCCUGCGGCUGCAUUCUCAUCGACGUCGAGAAGAUCCAAGUGAUCACUCGAAGCCCACACUACCGGAACCACUACGUCCACAAGCGCAACUCCAUGUCGUUGAUCGGCAUCCCGCAGGACGAAAUAAAUAGGAGGAAGCAGAUCGGAUUGGUCGUGGACGACUUCGACGACGACGAUGACGACGGCGUCGAGUAUCUCGAUGAUUCGGAGGACGAGGAGGACGUCUUCGGGGCAUAGGCCUUUCGCUCGUCUCGUAUAACUUAUGACAUAUAC